GAGAUCAAGACUGACCGCCCGUGAUCUAGUGGGCUGGAGGUUCUAACAACCAAUACCCGCCCCGCCUCAGGUCUGUGUCCGCCUAUGAUGCUCUCGACCAGGUGGUCCAGUACUAUGGAAAUAAGACGCUCUUCCCAAACAUGAACCAUAUCGUCGUCUCGGGCCAUUCCAUGGGAGGACAGAUGAUGCACCGAUACGCUGCCGUCGGCAAGACAAGAACGCAGCUUGGUGUUGAGGUCCCGAUCAGCUACUAUCUCGGAAACCCCAGCAGUUCGACGUGGUUCAGCAGCAGCAGACCACUGUCGACGGGCAAGUGCGCCAGCGCUUACGAUGAUUGGAGGGAAGGACUUGCCAAGUACACAUCUUAUGGAUCCGCUCACUCGACGAGCCUGGCUUACAACGCGGCACUUCUGGCAGCAGGCGCAAACGCGGUUCUUGCCAACUGGAGAAGCAAGACUGUGGCCCAUGGUCGUGGUAUCCGUGACAGGGGUGACUACUCGGAAGGCCUCUGUGCUCCCUAUACCACUGGUAAAGAUAGACACGAGAGGUUCUUCAAAUUCAUUGAGACCUGGGCACCUUUGUGCGCGAACCCAGCUGGGGAGGGCUGCCACACUGUCGACUACGUGAACACCACCCAUAACAAUGUGGAUAUGUUCAGGUCGCCAGGCGGAAACGCGCGCCUUUUCCGAGACAACUUCAACGGCGACGGCUCAAAAGCCUACGACACCGGGUACCCUCGUCACCAGGCGGGCGACGAUCCAUACCCCAACCCCGCGCUGACCGGCGCGGCUCUCACGGAUACGGAUGUCACCGUGUACGCCGGUGGCAAGACUCACCGGGGCUGCUAUACCGAUGUGGACAACGCACAGUCGGUCGCUGCCUUCACCGUCGUUGGCUACACCGGUAGCCUGAACACCCGCACAUACUGUGCCAACGUUUGCACAACGCAGGGUUACACUAUUGCCGGCCUGCGAGACUCCAACUGCUACUGUGGAAACUCGCUCGGCUCGCAGAGUGUUCGCAUGGUGACUUCAUCCUGCGAGAACAAGUGCCCCGGCGACGCUAGUUUCUGCGGCUCGUCCACCCGUGUGACAGUUCUUUCCAGCGUUACUAUUUAAUGAUGUAUGAUAUAUAAGGUGUUGGACCCGUUUAGGAGUUAUAUCUUUAACCCAUAUGGGGAUGAUUGUAUCUAAAAUCAACUUCGAGUACACUUAAUUAUCCACAAAUGUAAUUUCUCUGAUCACGCUGUCAGGGCAUCGUAUAGAUCCUUUCGCUGGCCUGCUG